AGUAAGAAAUUGCAAUAGUGUUUUAGUUUGAAUAACGCCGGUAUUAUUAUAGGCUGCGGCAAGGAUCAGCUGUUGUCGGCGCAUGUGCAGCUGCGAGGGGAGCUCCGGACUCCGGCCCCGGCCCGCCAUUGACGCGCGGCCGCCCGAGGCGCUCACACGGUGGUCGGCGCGCAUUACACUAACGGCGAAACUUGUGUCGAUGGACGCGCAUCAAACGGUGUGAUCGGUCGGUCUGACAGUGCAAUACUAGUGUAUAAUAGUCGCGUGGCCUAUUGGGACCGACGCCAGCAUGGACGCGGUGCUGGCAGCGCUCGUGGCGCUCAUGGCACUGGCCGCCGCGAUGGCCGCCGUGCUGAGCACGCUCUCCAAAGCGGCGAUUUUCGCUCUCCUGGCGAUCGCGCCCUGUGUAUACCGCUACAGGAAACGCAUUUACGUAAUCGUCAAGACUCUACCCCGGGAUCUCAAAUUCUUGUGCCGCUACGUGAAAGGCAUCGUCCGACAGAAGAUAUGGGGGCAACAGGAUGCCACGGUCGCGGGGCUGUUCACAAAACGCGCGGCGCUCAUGCCCGACGCGCCUUGCUUCAUUGUCGUCGGAGACCGCACUUGGACCUACAAGGAGAUGGCUGCCAAAUCUAACCAAGUGUCACGCGUGAUGCAAGAGCACGUCGGUCUGAAGCGUGGCGACGUGGUGUGCGUGUUCAUGCCCAACUGCGCCGAGUACGUGUGGACGUGGCUCGGCAUGGCCAAGCUCGGCGCCGUCUCCGCGCUCAUCAACAGCAACCUGCGGCACAAGCCGCUGCUGCACUGCAUCCAGGUCGCCAAGGCCAAGGCCAUCGUGUUCUCCGACCAGAUGGCGGACGCCGUGGCCGAGGUCCGCAGCCAGCUGCCGGCCGACAUGAAGCUAUUCCAGUUGUACGGCACUCCGGCGCCCGGCGUGCUGGACUUCGGCGCGGAGAUGGAGCGGCACCCGCCCGACUACCCGCUCGUCGCCGACCCGCCGCACUACAAGGACACGCUGCUCUACAUCUACACUUCGGGCACGACUGGCAUGCCCAAGGCUGCCGUGCUUCCCAAUUCCAAGUACCUUCUAGUGGUGCUGGCAACAGUGCACAUGCUGGGGCUGAAGUGUUGGGACCGCAUGUACAACCCGCUGCCGAUGUACCACACGGCGGGCGGCGUGGUGGGCACGGGCGCGGCGCUCGUGGAGGGCAUCCCGUCCGUCGUCCGCCCCCGGUUCUCCGCGUCCAACUACUGGACUGACUGUAUCAACUAUCAGUGCACGGUGGCGCAGUACAUCGGCGAGAUGUGUCGCUACCUGCUGGCGCAGCCGCCGCGGCCGACCGACGCGCAGCACCGCGUGCGCAUCAUGGUGGGCAACGGCAUGCGCCCGGCCAUCUGGCAGAGCAUCGUUGACAGGUUCAAAGUGCCCCAGAUAAAUGAAAUUUACGGUGCGACGGAGGGCAACGCAAACAUCAUAAACGUGGACAACACAGUGGGCGCGGUGGGCUUCCUGCCGAAGAUCCUGCCGGCGAGCGCGCUGCCCAUCGCCGUGGUGCGCGUCGACGAGCAAGGCGCGCUAGUGCGCGGCCCUGACGGCUUCUGCAUCCGCUGCGACCCGGGCGAACCGGGCAUGUUCAUCGGUCUCAUAGCUCAGGGGAAUGCAUCGAGGGAAUAUUACGGUUACGUCGACAAGACCGACAGUAACAAGAAGCUAGAGCGCGAUGUGUUCAGAAAGGGCGACGCGGCGUUCGUGAGCGGCGACCUCCUGGUCGGCGACGAGCUCGGCUACCUGUACUUCCGCGACCGCACCGGCGACACGUACCGCUGGAAGGGCGAGAACGUGUCCACGGGCGAGGUGGAGAACGCGCUCGCCGCCAGCCCCGCGCUCGGCAACAGGGAGGUCGUGGUGUACGGCGUCUCGAUUCCCCAGACGGAAGGUCGCGCGGGCAUGGCGGCGGUGGCGGACCGCUCGCGCGGGCUGGAGCUGGCGCGGCUGGCGCGCGACGUGGACGACGCGCUGCCCGCCUACGCGCGCCCGGUGUUCCUGCGCAUCGUCGACGACCUCGACGUCACCAGCACAUUCAAACUAAAGAAGCUGCAGUACCAGAAGGAGGGCUUCGACCCGGACGUGAUCCGCGACCCGCUGUACUUCCGCGCCGGCGCGCAGUUCGUGCCCGUCACCACCGACCUCUUCAAGGACAUCUGCAGCGGCCGCGUCAAGCUCUAAACACACCCACCCCCGAGAC